GGGGGGAGGGGAUGCCUCAUUUCAUUUUUAUUUCACCCCCAAAACACAGAAAGUAUUCGGAUCACCUUGUGGCCCCAAACUUCUCCCUUUUAAAUGAAGUGGUUAACCACAAGAAAUCACUCUUUCUCAGACGUGUAGAACAAGCAAAAGAAAUGCAUGAAUGUCACCUUGACAAUAAAAUACCUGUCUGCGUUUUCCAACCUCCGCUUCUAAGCGCUUUCUGGUCUCAGCAAAUUUUUCUGGGGGCCCUGGUCUCUCUCCUGCAGCUUCUUCCCCAUCUCAUGAUGACUCCCCACAUCCUUCCCCUGAGCUCCCCAGGUUGGGAAACCCUGGCAUUGAUGCUUUUGCUCUGCUCAGCAAGCUUGUACUGCUUCCAGCUGCCUGGAGAGACGUGGCUGCCCUCAGGCAGAGCCAUGCUGCAGUUCUACCAGGCCAGUCCUGCCCUCUCUCUGGGGCCCCUUAAUGGCAUGGUCGGGGUCUUGCACCAAGCAUUGACUGGACUGAGAGGCGCCGUCAGGGCCUAGCAAUGCUGGUCACAGAGCCCAAGCCCUGGAAGCUUUUGGGACGUCCUGCCGUAGCACUGGCUGGGCCCGGGGUGGGGAAGAGCUUCGGUGCCCAUCAAAGUGCAUGGGAACCUUGUAUCCUUCCUUGUGUGCUCUACCCCAAACAGGCACCUCCAGAGCCAAGAUGGUGACCUGCGGCCUCCUGACAAGUAGCAACAAGCCAGUGCCGCUGCGCCGUGUUGCGGUGGACGCGUGCAUCCAGAGCUUCGUGGCCGAUGUGAGCUCUGAGCUGCUGUACAAGAAUGAGGAAUCGGACCCUGUGGAGGCUAUCUUCACCUUCCCCAUGGAUGCCAACUCGGCUGUCUAUGCCUUCCAGGCCCGCAUCCAAGACACCAUCAUCAAGGCCCAGAUCCAAGACAAGAAGGAGGUGACGUCAAGGAAAGAGGGUCCCAGAGCGGGGGGAGAGAGCUCUUUCCUGCUGGAGCAGAUGUCUGGGGGCGACGUGUUCAGCUGCUCCCUCGGGAACCUGCCCCCAGGGGAAGAGGCAGUGCUGUCACUGCGUUAUGUCCAGGAGCUGCCCCUUGAGGCGGACGGGGCCACGCGCUUUGUCUUGCCAGCUGUGUUGCAUCCCCGCUACGCACCACAGGGAUGGGAAGGGGAGAAUGUCACCGCAGGUGUCCCAUAUGUGGCCAAGGGAGAACUUCCCUAUACCCUGAGCCUGAGCGUCAGCCUGCAGUCACCCCACGGUAUUGCCCGUGUCCACUCCAACUGCACCCUCACCCCCUUGAACUACACAGCGCAGGACCAGACUGCUGCCCAGGUAAGGGAGGACGGCCCUUGCACCCAGAACACAGCCAGCUCCCCCACCCUCACAAGGGUGGAUUGGAUGGGGUCUGGAGUGGAGCAGCUUGUUUCGGGUUUUUUUCCCACGUUUUCAUCCAAGAAGAGUUUGGUGUAGGUUUUAGGGCUUUCCUCUGCACUUAUGUCACAGGAAAUCCUAGAAAAUGAGGGUUGGAAGAGACCUCAGGAGGUCACAUCUAGCUCAACUCCCUGCUCAAAGCAGGACCAGCCCCAACUAGAUCAUCCCAACCAAGGCUUUGUCCGACCAGGUCUUAAAAAACUCCAGCAAUGGAGACUCCACCACCUCUCUGGGUGCCCUGUUGCGGUGCCGUACUACCCUGCUUGUGAGGAAGUGGGAGGGUAGAGCUGGGGAGGGGUGUGAUUUUCUCCAAAGAAUAAAAAGUAGCCAGCAGGACAGAGGCUGCCUGGCUC